CCGUGAUGUAUGAUCCGAUGGCCGUCAACAUUGUUCUGUCAGGUUGACAUUUAUAGUACUGUCAUAUAAUGUUCUGAGAGCUCGAAAGUAAUGUUACCAUUGCAUACUUUCAAGUUAUACAGUUUUCUUUUCUUUAAGCAAUGAAUAAUGGAUGAUUUUAAACACAAAUUUUUCUUCUUUAUAAACAAACAGGUUGUUCACUCAAGGUCUCCAGCAGUAGUUUCACUCAAUGAAGAAGCAGUCCGCCCUCCAACAGAAGAGGGAAAUCCUUUGCAUCGCGAAAGUCAGCUGGAAACAAGGAAGACUCAUGAGCAUGACCCUUUAGCUGAUCAAGAUAUACUUGAGAGUAUUGAGCCAGAAUUCUUUAACAGUGAAAGUUUUGAUCCUUGCAAUCAUGAAUUAAAGAAGCUGCCAGCAAAACUAGAAUGUGAUGCCAUUGAACGAGACUUCCAAAAACUGCAGCAGCAGCAGUUGGUGGUGUCCAAGAAAGUGCUGCAACUGAUACUGCAGAAGCACACAACUUUCAAUGAGGAGUUUGCAAGGAUCCUGGAGGUUCAGGAGGAGCUGAAGACAACAUUGUGUGUGUGCAAGAAGGGACGGAGUGACCUGAACCUUGCCAAGCGACAGUUCACGACAGCCAGUCUUGGGAUUUUGGCUAACUACCGUAAGAGGCAGGUGGUACAAGGUCUUCUGCACUCUCUCAACACCAUCAAGACUCUGCAACGCACAGAAGAACGUCUGCAGGAGCUGCUUAGUGAAGGGAACUACCCUAGAGCAAUAGGACUGCUCCUGGAAUGCCAGAGCGCGGCAGCAACGUAUCGGCACUUCACGUGUGUGGCGGCACUUAGUGGCAAGCUGCAGGACACGCUGGAGAUGGCUGAGGAGCAGUUGGACCAAGCUCUUGCAAAGGUGUGCAGUCACUUUGACGCAGACCACUACAGCAAAGUGCAAGCUGCAUACCGUUUGCUGGGCAAGACACAGAUGGCCAUGGACCAGCUACAUAUGCAUUUUGCGUCAGCCAUCCAUAAUGCCACAUUCAGUGUUGUGCAUGGAUAUGUAGAACUGUGCUCUGGCGGUAGCACACUUUACAAGAAACAGUUCAAGCAGUUGUGUGAGUCUGUUACAGCAGAAAGCUUCAUUCCUUGCCUCGUGGACCUGUGCAAGGCACUGUGGGGCAUCAUGCGGAGCUAUCAUCAGGUGAUCAGCUGGCACCAGAGGAAUGACUUGGAGAAACUUUCAGCAGAUGGUGUGAGUGAGCUGGUGGACUUUGAGGCAAGUUUCAACAAGCAGUAUGUGAAGCAGAAGCUGGGUAAUGGGCUGGUACGCAUCUGGCACGACGUCCAGGCUCGGGUAUCGGCCUACCUGCUGGGCUCUGACCUUGCCUUGUAUAAGUCUGAUGACUUCCUGCAGGUUCUCAGGGUUGUGCACAGGCUGAUAGAGGUUGGUGAGGAGUUCUGUGGCAGCAAGUCAGAGGAGUUACAGAAUUCCAUUAAGAAACAGAGUAGCAACUAUUUCUGCAACUACCACCGGAACUGCCUGGAAGAACUGCGGAUCUUCCUGGAGAAUGAGAGCUGGCAGAUGUGUCCAGUGAAGCCCGACUUCACGCUGCUGCAGCUGCAGGAGUUCCGCUCAUUACGACACGUGCUGAAAAGCUGGAAGCCUCGUGGUGACUGUUUGAAUGGGGAUCAGACCACCAUGACUAGUCCUGAAUGCAGUAGCAGUAAUCACUCACAAGAUAGCAGCUCUGUCACUGGGGGUUACUUUGCACGCUACUCAGAGGCAGGAAGUCCUUUUGAUUUGGGUCUGGAUGAGGUCCAAGAGGAAGACAUUCUUGCAAACAUUGGGGAUGAGCCGUCUGGUUACUUCAGUGACGAGAGUGACGAAGAUAUUCCUGAUGAGCUGAAGAGUGAUUUUGUGGAUGAGAAUGUUGGUGAUACUGUCAGUAACAAGCAUUCAAAACCAAGUUCCAAGAAGAUGAGUCGCAGAGAGUUUGUGAAGGCUCCCAUUCUUACCAACACGACUGUUACAGUACUUCGGCAGUGUGGGAAAUAUCUGCAGAUGAGUCACCUCCUCAGACCCAUCGCGUGUGAAGUGAUCAUCUGCAUGAGUCAGCUGUUUGAUUAUUACCUGUACGCUGUCCAUACAUUUUUCACUGCAGACCUGCCAGUGACAUCUCAUUCCCUGUAUAACUUGAAGCUUCAGGCCUCUCUGAAGAGAAUACAGGACAACCUGAUUCUUCCAGACCCUUCACAAUUUGCAGAGUCUGACUUGGACCAGUCAGAAAGAACAAAGGAUAAGGUGCCUCAGCCUCACAUCUCUCCAGUGGUGGACCUCACGCAACAGGAGACGCUGCAUGGCCUGGCAGAGAGAGUUGUGGCCGUGGAAUCCGUUAUCUUCCUAGCCAAACAGCUUGAGUUUCUUCAGAGUUAUCUGGAGCACCUCCAAGGGGGCUCAUCUUUCCUGCAGCAGUUCUUUUCACAGACGGUUGCUGUGACGGGCGAACUGUGUCAUCCAGUGUACAUGCACGUAUCAGCCUAUGCUGUCGACUUCAAAGGAAUCUUGUCUCUGAUGGCUAAGGUCAACUGGGAGGUCAAGGAGGUGAUGAGUCAGCACAGCCAUUAUGUUGACAUCCUGCUCAGGGAGCUGCAGAUAUUCAGCAUGCGGCUUGAAGAGGUUGCAAUGCGUGUCCCAAUCCCACGGGAGGUGUACGUUAUUCUCUGGCAGAGCAUCUUCCAUCUCACAUGCAGCACCUUCGUUGAAGGGUUCUCAAAUGCCAAGAAGUGUUCAAAUGGAGGACGUGGUCUCAUGCAGCUAGACUUCAUUCAGUUUUUAUCAAAGCUCGAGAAGCUGACUUCUGUCCGACCCAUCCGAGGCAGAGACUACGUUGAGAAUUACGUCAAGGCCUAUUAUCUUCCAGAGGCUGCCUUGGAGUCCUGGGUUCGGGAGCACAACGAAUACUCAUGCAAGCAGUUACUGGCUCUGGUAAGCUGUGUUUGCCAGAAUAACAAGAAGACUCGCCAGCGACUCAUUGCACUCAUUGAAGACAUGGAGAAAGUUGGCAGUAGAUAGUAUGGUGUUCUGCUCAGCAUAUUAGUGGUGACUGGCACAGAGCUUUGCAGGGACUGUGUUACAGUGUUCCAUUGUUUUCUGAAUUUUUGUAAGGGACCAAGAAGGAUAAUCAUCAUGAUAACAGGUAUAAAAUUCUUUUCCUUAAUUUUAUUGGAUAUUAUUUAGGGGCCAAGCCAGGGACAUUAAAGGUGAAAUAAUUCUGCAUUAGUGACUGAUUGAUUGCUACUGAAUGCAGUGAACAAGUUCUGUUGAGCGUACUGUCAUCUGCCUGUAGAAGCUAGACUCUUAUUGCUUGUAGUUCAUAUAUAUAUGUUAAUUGAUGUCACUACUGUACAAGUGCUUUUAUUCAUAAUACCAGGACAGGAUUCUUGAUCGGGCUCAGAAGUCAGAAGUUUGUGUGGAAUGUCCGGGUUUGUUGCUGUGGUAUUGCGAUUUGUGUAAGGUACUGGCAUCUCUUAUGUAGCUACACGGUCAGGGUAUAUACUAUUUACAGUAGUAGGGAUUGGGAAGGGAAUUUUCAUGGCACUGUGCUGCAGUUAUUCUUGUCAGUAGUAGUCACUGCCCAAGUACAUACCAAUAAGCAGUGGACAUGGUCGAUGUGUUCAUGGACCAGUCAACCUGUCUACUAUGUGUGGCUUUUGGUGAUGUUUGUUUUGAUGUGGUGGGUAUACUGGACAGACACACAACAGAUCGCUGGCCUUUGUAUCCUCGGCAGACAUCCGGGCCUUACCUGAAGACAUGAGGUACCGCACAUAUGACUUUGGUGGUAUUAUUGUGAAGCCUAGUCAGGGUAAUUAUUUGUGUGUGGAAUUGGAUAAGGGUCGACUCAUUCCCUGCUGCCUUCGGUGGUUCUC